UACUCGUCACUUGCGAUAAGGAAUGCAAAGCAUGCGUGUAUAUUUUCAGUUAAUCAGCGUCGAGCUUCUCGGGACGUUCUUCUUGAUUUUCUCUCAAAAGUGCGAGAAUGAUCGAAAUUAAUAUAGUGGAUGCUACCGUGGAAGAUGUUAGGUUUCCAACGUCCCUGCAUGCAGACGGUAGCGAUGCUAUGCAUACGGAUCCCGAUUACUCGUGUGCCUAUGUCACGUUGAAAACGGACAAAGGGUUAGAAGGGUACGGGUUGACGUUUACCUUGGGCAGAGGUACCGAGAUCGUGGUGCAAGCAUGCGAAUCGAUGCUCCGACUCGUGAAGGGUUGCAACGCCGGGUGGAUUUUUAAGAAUUUCGCGACUUUCUGGAGAAAUUUAACCAGCGAGUCGCAGUUAAGGUGGCUCGGACCGGAGAAAGGGGUGAUGCACCUCGCUACUGCAGCCAUUGUUAACGCUUUAUGGGAUCUCUGGGCUCGCAUUGAAAAUAAACCCGUUUGGAAGCUGUUGACCGAUCUUACUCCAGAAGAGCUAGUUUCGACCAUAGACUUCCGAUACAUCACCGAUGUCCUGACGAAAGAAGAGGCUAUUUCUCUCUUGAAGGAAAAAGCCAAUGGCAAGGCUUUGCGAGAGGAGGUUCUGCGAAAAAGCGGAUAUCCCGCUUAUACCACCCAAGUGGGAUGGUUGGGCUACAGCGACGAAAGAGUUAAAGAACUUUGCAAGAAAUUCUUGAAUCUCGGCUUCACCUCGUUCAAGGCAAAAGUUGGCCAAAAUUUGGAAGACGACACGAGGAGGUGCCGACUGAUCCGAGAAUGCAUCGGCUAUGAGUGUAAGCUUAUGUUGGAUGCGAAUCAAGUAUGGGACGUUCCCGAGGCGGUCACUUGGGUGAAAAAGCUGGCGAAAUUCAAGCCCACUUGGAUCGAAGAGCCAACAUCACCGGAUGACAUCUUAGGGCAUGCCGAAAUAGCCCGAGAACUUCGUCCUUUUGGAAUUGGAGUAGCUACCGGCGAGAUGUGCGCCAAUCGAGUCAUGUUUAAACAAUUACUUCAGUCCAGGGCGAUUGACUACUGUCAAAUCGAUUCUGCCCGGAUAGGAGGCGUGAACGAGAUACUUUCCGUGUACCUCAUGGCUGAAAAGUUUAAAGUUCCUGUCUGUCCUCAUGCCGGAGGUGUAGGACUAUGCGAGAUGGUGCAGCAUCUUCAGAUGUGGGAUUUCGUGUCCUUAAGCGGCACAAUGGACGCACGGGUGAUAGAAUUCGUGGACCAGCAGCACGAGCAUUUCGAAAGCCCAGUUGAGAUCCAAACUGCUUCUUACAUGCCACCAACUGUGCCUGGAUAUUCCACUAAAAUCAAACAGAGCGCGCUGCAAGACUUUAAGUAUCCUCACGGGAAAGAAUGGCAGCGUAUGUUCAAAGAGGGCAUAGUAGAAAAUUCAAUGAACAAAACGCAAAGAAUUCAAGACGCUUCUUCAUUUUAAGAAAGUCAUUCUAGAUUAAUACGAGUCUUAUUAAUACAGUGUAUGCUUAAACAUCAUUUAAAACAUAUUGCUAUGAGUACUAUACAAAUUGAACUACCGUGAUAUGGGGAUUGAACCUGACAAUAAGCGUAAAACUUCCUUAAAGACUCGACUGGAUGUGCGACUUCACAUAGUCCGUCUGAAAUAAAAUAAAGGAUUAAAGUCUGAAACCGA